AUGGCUGCCCCCGCAGAGAUGACCUCCCGCGAUAUUAGCGGCAAGUUCGUGAUGAACAAGUCGCUCAGUGGCAAGACCGACGAGAUCUUGCGCCUGCAAGGCGUCAGCUGGCUCACGAGGAAAGCCAUCUCGGUGGCUGUUAUAAACCUGAGUAUCAAGCACUACACGGACGACAAUGGCGUCGAGCACAUCGAUAUCGACCAGACCCUCAGCGGCGGCAUCCCUGGCACGGCCGAAUACCGCACUUUUGACGGGACCGAGCGCACGAAUGAAGACCACGUUUUCGGACCCGUGCUGUCCAAGAGCAUGCGUGUCCCACUGGGCGAGAUAGAAACCAACUGGCUGAAGCAGGACUGGAUGGACGAAUCAUUCGUUGAUGAGGGGGUCAUCGCCACUACGGCAAAGAGUGACACUGGGAAGAGUGGGAAGACCUGGUAUUCGGAACAAGUUUGGGGCUUCGAACAAGUCGACGGAACGAAGAGAUACGCGAGACAUGUCUUCUUCAAAGGUCCUCAAGGGGAAGAGAUAAACGUCCGUUUGGUGUACGAUUACCAAGGCCCGCAACAGUAA